GUCGUCGCAGACACAGUGGUACACGUAAGAUUUGUUCACGCAAGGUCGUGUCCCCAACUACGGGGUAAGAGAUUCUUUAAUUCGAGCGAAAAUGAUGACCUUUGCUGGUCGUUUUGGGGCUCUUGCCCCAGUGUUGCGGGUGACAAAGCAAUCCGUCAAAUGUACAGCGGCAACUGGAGCCAAGGAGUUGGUGCCUGCCACUGCUCCCGGUGGAAUCAAACUGGCCCACACAGAUAUCAAGAUCCCUGACUUCACAGAUUACCGCCGCCCUGAAGUCACAGACCCCAACAAAGCCUCUCAGGACAGUAGUGAGUCAAGGAGGGCCUUCUCCUACUUGUUAACCGGGGCCACCGCAGUUGUCAGUGUGUAUGCAGCCAAAACGGUGGUCAGACAAUUUGUCUCGUCCAUGAGCGCCUCAGCUGACGUCCUGGCCUUGUCCAAAAUUGAGAUCAAGCUGUCUGAGAUUCCAGAGGGCAAAAAUAUGACCUUCAAGUGGAGAGGGAAACCGCUGUUUGUUCGUCAUCGCACCGACAAGGAAAUUGCAGCAGAGGAGGCUGUGAAUCUCGCGGAGCUCCGUGAUCCUCAGCACGACAAGGAUCGAGUGCUCAACCCCAGCUGGGUGAUCGUCCUCGGUGUGUGCACCCACCUGGGGUGUGUGCCCAUUGCCAACGCCGGUGACUUCGGUGGCUACUAUUGUCCUUGCCAUGGAUCUCACUACGAUGCCUCGGGAAGAAUUAGAAAAGGGCCGGCUCCCCUUAACCUGGAAGUACCCUACUACGAGUUCCCGGAUGAUGACACCGUCGUGGUGGGAUAAUUAUUAAAGCGCUAACCUAUUUUACGAAUCGAUACCCCUUGUAGUAUACUUUAAAUAGAUGGUUCUCUGUAUAAGGUGGAGGUAAAAUGGUCUAUUUAAUUGUCAAUAAAAACUGGUUUCCUAAACCACUGCCAA